AUGGCAAAUCAAACACCAUACAUUGGAAGCAAAAUCAGCCUCAUCUCGAAAUUGGACAUCCGUUAUGAAGGAAUACUUUAUACGGUUGAUACCAACGAUUCAACCAUUGCUUUGGCGAAAGGUAAGGUAACGAAGUUGUUAUCAUUUCAAACAAACUGUUUUUUCAGUAAGAUCGUUUGGUACUGAAAAACGACCAACUCAAAACCCGGUGGCUGCUCGUGACGAUGUCUACGAAUACAUCAUCUUCAAGGCUAGCGAUAUCAAAGAUUUGAUCGUCUGCGAUACUCCAAAGGUUUGUUUCUAUCAAUUCAUGCAAAUUAUAAAUUGUAUUCGUUUAGAUGGCAGCCAUCAGCGGUAACGGGCUUCCGUAUGAUCCAGCCAUUAUCUCUGUUUCAUCACGUACCGCUCCUGCUUCGGGUAGCGAAGGUGGUCCAGCAGCGUCGGCUGGUUCUUCUCGUGCUGGAACUCCAUCUCGGCAAAGCCCAUUGAUCAACAUCGCCAACAAUCGCGCACCAGGGGCUGGACGUGGUGGAUUCACUCGUGAACAUCAAGGGGGAAAUCGUGGAUACAAUAGCUAUCAAAGAGGUGGAUUCGGCUACAAUCAACGCGGACGAAAUAACUUCGGAGUGCCACGUGUCAACCAUCGUGAGAAGCUGAAGUUCGAAUCUGACUUCGAUUUCGAGAAGGCCAACGAGAAAUUCCAAGAAGUUUUGUCGGACAACUUGGAAAAACUCAAGAUCGAAGAUUCCGAAGAAACCAAAGAGGAGCAGAUCGAACAACAACCAGAAAUCGCCGAGGAGAAGCAAGAUGCCGCUUACUACGACAAGAAGACAUCGUUCUUCGACAAAAUUAGUUGCGAAUCUUUGGAAAAGGCUGAAGGCAAAACUGGACGUCCAGACUGGAAGAAAGAACGAGAAACAAAUCAAGAGACUUUCGGCCACAACGCCGUACGUUCUUUGAACUACCGUCGUGGUUAUGGAGGUCGUGGACGUGGUGGAAACCGUGGUUUUGGAGGUAAUUUCUUUGGUUUGUAAAAUAUAAUAAUUACGAGAAAUUUUUCAGGUUAUAACAACUUCAACCGUGGAGGAAACUACAACCAAAAUUACAAUGGUUACCGACAGAACAACCGUCGAGGAGGUUACCAAAACAACCGUGAUAACCAAACACAACAACAACCACAAUCGGUCGCAACUGCUGAGCAGUAA